GAUGAAAUGUUUUUAAUCGUUCGGUGUUAGUAGCAAUUAAUGUUUCUUAUGAACACCCCUAAGAUAAAUUAGGCUAUAAAUCUUACGACAAGUUGAUUGAUUUCUAGAACUUCCAUCAUGUGGUCUCUAAUAGCGAGUUUCUGCCUCGGCUUCAUAUUCUGCAAGGUGCUUCCUAAUCUACGCCAUCGGGCGUUUGCGGCUGUCAUGGCGCAACUGAGCAAGAGCGUCGACCCGACGGCCGAGGCGUUCAAGAAGAAAGCCUUCGACGGCCUCCUGAAGGAGCAGCCGCGACGACCUGGGGCGACAGCGCUGCGCAUUCUCGAAGUCGGCGUUGGGACAGGUACAAACUUCAAAUUCUACCCUGAAGGCAGUCACCUGGUGGUGGUCGACCCCAACCCCUACUUCGAGAGCUACUACAACGCAAACAGAGCCAAGUUCCCCAACAUCAAGUCAGAAGAGUUCAUCGUCGCGAAAGGCGAAGACAUGGAGAUGGUGGAGGACAACAGCGUGGACGUGGUGGUGGUGUCGCUGGUGCUGUGCAGUGUGGGAGACUGCAAGAAGUUCCUGCAACAAGUUCUCCGGGUGCUCGUUCCUGGCGGCAAGUUGUACUUCUUAGAACACGUACGGGAAUGGGACUCAGAGAAGCAUCCUACGAAGCAGCGCUUCCAGGACUGGUUGACGUGGCUGCAGGUCUGGCCAGCGCUGUUCGAUGGCUGUGAGCUCAACAGAGAGACGCUCCAGUUGGUCAAAUCUGCCGGCUUCAGUGAAGUGGAUGGGCAGAAAAUGUACGCUCCUAUCGACAACUUCAUCUUCCAACUCGUAAACCCUACGAUUUUUGGAACUGCAACUAAAUGAAAUUCUAUGAAUACAUGAUUUUUAUUUCUGUGCACUAAAAGAAUGCAGGAUUAUUAGUUCUAUGCAUUAAUAUAGAUUCUUUAAACCACGUACUCCUCCAACUAAUCUCGAUGAUUUUGCCCACUGUCUCCGAAAGGAAGUAAAUUGGAUCUUCCCACAUAUUUCUUCCUCUUCCAGUCCGACGACUCCCAGCUUCUGUAGCAAGGUUUUUUUCACUUCCAGUUUUUUUUUAAAUAUUUGUUUUGUUUGCCUAAUAAUACUCUGUGCUACUACACAACUUAAGAAACUGCUAGAAGACAUAGUUGUCUAAAUUAUAGUCUCAAAAAAGUGCCUUAAUCAUUGCAGAAUGCAGAUGCGAAUAAAAGUUAUGUUUAA